AUUGGAUCCCCCUUCGUUUGCAUUGAAAGUCUGAGAGAUUGAAGCUGCUGCUUUAGUGAUGGGUUCAUAUUCAACUGUGGCAUUCUUCCUGCUUUUUUCUGCGUCUCUGCCUUCCAGUGGUGAUGGUGGAAAGGUGUUAGUCUAUCCAGUGGAUGGGAGUCACUGGAUUAACAUGAAAAUCCUUCUGGAGGCCCUACAUUCUCAGGGUCAUCAAAUCACAGUGCUUCGCUCCUCCACCAGCUGGUACGUCUCUGAAUUUUCGCCCCUAUACACCUCCAUCACAGUUCCCCAGGAACAGUCCCAAAACAUAGAGAGCCAAGAGUUUAUGAAUACUUUCCUGAAAAGGUCUUUGGAGAUCAGACAAAAGCGAGGCUCUAUGUGGGCGUUUUUUGAGUUUUAUAGACACCUUUUCAAUUUGAUAGGAGAAAACCACCAGACUGUUGCAAAGCUGGUUGUCACCAUCUUUGAGAAUAAGACACUGAUUAGGGAGCUGAAGGAAACUGGGUAUGACCUCGUUUUGACAGAUCCAGCUUUUCCAGCUGGGGUACUUGUGGCACAUUAUCUCAAGCUUCCCUUGGUUUUCAACGUACGUUGGCUAUUCACCGGAGAGGCGCAUUUUGCCAUCGCUCCUUCUCCACUGUCCUACGUCCCUGCUUUGUUCUCCUAUUACUCUGACAAGAUGGACUUUUUUCAAAGGGCCAGUAACAUAAUUUAUCAAGGCAUGUUGGUUUACAUGUACCACUAUGUCUCCAAUCCUCCGUACCAGGCCUUGUGUGAUCGUUAUUUUGGAGGUAACAUCAGCACCAUGUCUCUAAUCCAAGAAACUGAUAUCUGGCUGAUGCGGGUUGACUUCACUUUUGAGUUUCCUCGUCCCACCAUGCCCAAUGUUGUCUACAUCGGAGGCUUCCAGGGUAAGCCUUCCAAGCCUCUUCCAUCAGAUUUAGAAGACUUUGUGCAGAGCUCUGGUGAACAUGGGGUGAUUGUCAUGACCCUGGGAACCCUGCUGAGUGACCUUGGCCCAGAAGUAUCGGAGACCAUUGCUUCAGCAUUUGCUAACCUCCCCCAGAAGGUUCUGUGGCGACAUCUUGGGAAAAGACCAGCCACUCUAGGAAACAACACCAUGCUGGUUGAUUGGUUGCCUCAAAAUGAUAUCCUUGGCCACCCUAAGACCAGGGCCUUUGUCACACAUGGGGGCACCAACGGCCUCUAUGAGGCCAUCUACCAUGCAGUGCCGGUUUUGGGUAUUCCUCUCAUCUUUGACCAAUAUGACAACAUAGUGCGUAUGAAGGCCCGUGGUGUUGCUGAAAUAGUUGAAGUGACAACAAUGGAUGUUGAGUCUCUGACAAGAGCUCUAAAAAAUAUUGUUGACCCAGAAAAGCCCUACAAGCAAAAUAUGAUCAAACUGUCACAGCUUCAUCAUGACAAACCAAUAAAACCCAUUGACAAUGCUGUUUUCUGGAUAGAGUACGUCAUGAGGCACAAGGGUGCAGCGCAUCUACGCACCGAGUCAUUUAAGCUGCCCUGGUACGCCUACUAUUGUCUAGAUGUGAUGGCAGUCUUUGUAGCAUGUGGUUUGUUAAUCAUUGUAUUAAUUUGUGUGUUCUGUAGAUGCCUCAUUAAAUCUUUGAUAAGGACAAAGAAGUCCAAGCUGGAAUAGAUCAAAUGAUGGUAACGUAGCUUUGGCUCUGUAGAAUGGAAAGAAGCCAAAUAACUAAAUUUACAGAGGAAGAGAAUCUUAGUUUUAGGGACCAAUAAAUAGGAUUAACAUGGCAAUGUUUUGAUGUAUCUUUUAACAAAACCGAUAAAGGAAAAUAAAAGAAUUUAGAAAAAGUUGAUUUUCACAUCCAGCUAAGUGAUUUAACUUGAAAUGAUUUCAUGAUUGUCAUGUUUUACUUUUCUGGUAACUUUUACACUAACUUGUUUAUCUGACUGUAAACAUUCUUAAGAUAAAAAAUAAAUAAAAACAAACUAUUUGGGCAUAACAACUGGAAUAAAUAAGAAAGACUUUUACAGAAGUACAUCCCAAGAAUUGCCACAAAUCCUGUUUCUUUGCAGUUUACCUUUACACAUAGUUAACAAGAAAAAAAUAUUUUAAACAUCUUAUAACCAAAACAUUGUUCCCAUCCCUAAACCAAAAUCUAAACUCGGUGGUAUUCACAGAGCUAUAUUUUAGGUAAAAGGACAACUUAGGGCACCAAUGACCAAAUAAAUAGUUCUUAUGUUCUUAUUAUAAUGCCAGUGCCUACUUUCAAUUUCUGGACUUUUUAAAUGUAUGAUGCACAAAACCAUCUAGAAGACUUCAUUUUGGAAACAUUAACUCUCCCUUCAGUCUCAGUGGGUGGACAGCUGUAGGAUAUGUGGGUCAAACACUAAGAACAAACACCUGAGUCUUCCUCAGUUUCUUCCAUUUAUGCAGCAAAGACCUGAAUCCUCCAUCUAUUACCCACCUGUCCAACGCCUAACACUUACAUGAAACCAUUUGGAAAGUAUGUUUGUGCUGAUCAUAUGUUGUUCACCGUUUAAUGAAAACUUGCUGCUGUGUGAUGUUUAUUUUUAUUAAACAUCCAGACAUUUGAUUUUCACUAAAACAAAACUGUGUUUAACUAAAAACACAAAACUGAAGAAAUCAAUCACUCACUACUUAAAAUAUCAAGAAUUAGAUGUAAAUGCACUACAUAAGGUACGAUUAAAGAAGAAAUAUAAAAAAAAUAAAAAAUAAAUAAAAGUAGACAAUCUACUAUCUGGCAAAUAAUUUACAAGUAGAAAACAUUUACAGCAAAUGCCAACUUGACUGGGUCAUAGUGUCCUGACAAGUUAAGAGCAAACUGCAUAGGUCAUCACAUAGUGAAAGACUUCUGGAAUAAUCUACUUCAGACUGAUGGGUCGGAAACUGGACGAAGCAGGAAACACGUCUGCUGACCAAAGGAAACAUUUCAGAAAGCAACCCUCUCAACAAAUUCGAAGUUCUGAGAUAUAAACUCAACUCAACUCAACUUUAUUUAUAUAGCCCUUUAAAACAACCACAGCUGAAAGAAAGUGCUCUACAUAAAUGGACAA